AUGAUAGACUUACUGGAUGGAUGGGAUGAAGGAGAGAAAAAAAAAAAAGGGCCAAGGUUAGAAAACAAUCAGAAUUUGAAGCCGAAUCGAUCGAAAGCUAAAUGCGCCGGAACGAAGCAGACGACGGCUGGCUACGACUGUGCAGAAGGAAUGGGAGGAGCCAGAGAGAGAGAGAGAGAGGGAGGGGAGGGCAGGCGCGGGAGGGGCGGAAUGGGUGGUAGCAGUGCAGACAAAAAGGUUCGAAGAAGGGUCUCCUGCUGCGGCAAAGCGCAAUCACCGAAUAUCACAAAAUGCUCACCGCUCUUCAAUCAACAGCAACUGGCUGGAAACAUCAAGAAAAAAAAAAUGUGA